GGACGGGUAGGCCGACACGCCGACGCCGACGCCGACGGCGACCCCGACCUGCCGGGGAACGCUAGCGCGCCAACCAAACCGUGGCGGGGGGCAACGUCUCCAGCCAGAGAAACCGGAGCGACCCAACCAACCACCCACCCGCGGCCAUCCCCAACCAAGCGAGCACGGUGCACGGCUACACCGGGGCAGACGGACGGGACCGGAGGAGAAACCGAAGCACAAAAGAAAAAGACCAAAAAACCAAGCAGAAACUAGGGUGGGGGAGCCCUGAGCAGGGGAGGAAAAAUAAACUAGUGGCCAAACCCUAGCCCGCCGAGCUCCCGCGUGCGCUCUCCGCCGCCCGCCUACUCCUCUCUGUCCGCGAUGCGCCGGGCGAAGCCGCAGCAGCCCUCGCCGUCGCCCGAGAUCCGGUACCGCGGCGUGCGGAGGCGGCCGUCGGGGCGCUACGCCGCCGAGAUCCGGGACCCGGCCAAGAAGACCCCGAUCUGGCUCGGCACCUUCGACUCCGCCGAGGCCGCCGCGCGCGCCUACGACGCCGCCGCCCGAUCCCUCCGUGGGCCCACCGCCCGCACCAACUUCCCCGGCGCCGCGGCUUCCGCGCCGCGGCACAGGGCCCGCUCCGCCUCCGCCUCCGCCGCCGCCGCAGCCCCCGCGGCGGUGCCGGCCACGUCUAGCCACAGCAGCACCGUCGAGUCGUGGAGCGGCGGCGCGCCCCGCGUCGCCGCCCCGCCGCGGAGCGCCGCCGCGCCCAUGGAGGAGGACGACGACGAGGACUGCCACAGCUACUGCGGAUCCUCGUCGUCCGUGCUCUGCGAAGACGCCCGCGGGGACGACGACGACGACGCGGCGGCGUCCCACGCGCCCCUGCCGUUCGAUCUGAACCUGCCGCCGCCGAUCGACGCGGCUGCUGAGGCCGAUCAGAUGGGUGCCCGCUACGACACGCUACUCCACCUCUAGCUCGCGACGACGGCCAGGAAUUAGAGGAAGGAAUCGAGACCGUCUGUCCUUCUUCGGCUGCUGAUCCGGUGGUGUUCUAUCGCUAGAUGGAUAAUUCUUGCCUUUUUCCCCCUUCUUUUCUUCUGCUACUUUUUUUGUUUUCUUCUCUUACCACCACGAUGAUGAUGAUUCGAUAUUAUGUGAAUAAUUCAGUUAUGUCCAUGUAAGCUGUGAGGAAGGAAAUCUGAGCUUUUCCUUAUCUUCCUAUGGUGUUUCUGCUGGUGCUGCUCUUUCAUUUGUUGGAAAGAUAAUGGAAGAAAUCAAGAGAAAUUAUUUACACAGAUCAUUUGCUGCCGCUUUACCAUGUCAGAGUUGGACUGAGCUGAACAUGAUUACCUUAUAAUGCACUAACAAAAAUUCAUCUACUGAUGUUCAAAUUGUAGUGUCAAUGCAUGCGUUGCAAGUUAUGGCAGGGCUGCAACCUGCAAGAGCAGUGCGCAGUGUCAUCUGAAAGUUCUAUUCUAAUACUUGGAUUUGGUAACAUCAAAUCUGAACUAGAAUACUAGAUGAAGGCAACACUUGGAUUAGUAUUCGUCUACUUAUGUGCAGAUCAUAGUACCAAAGUCCACUCGCAUUGCAGGUUGCGACUUGGAGGCGCAAUGGGAGUG